AUGAUUUAGUUGAUGACUUCAUCAUGAGGGCGAUUAUAUUGCUGCCAGUUUUGUUGGUCUUGUGCAGUGGGAAUGUUUUGAAGCAUGAAGAACGGGAACUGGACUGGUGGGAGACCACCAUUUUCUACCAGAUCUAUCCUCGGUCGUUUGCUGAUAGUAAUGGCGAUGGCAUCGGGGACUUGAAUGGUAUCACAUCAAAAUUGGAAUAUAUCAAAGAAUUAGGAGUCGGCGCUAUCUGGUUGUCACCGAUGUUCCAGUCGCCUAUGUAUGACUUCGGAUAUGAUAUAUCCGAUUUUUACGCCGUUCACGAUGAGUACGGAACGAUGGAAGAUUUCGAAGCUUUAGUUAACAAAGCAAACGAAUAUGGCAUCAAAGUAGUUUUGGACCUGGUACCAAAUCAUACGUCUAAUGAGAGCGUCUGGUUCCAAGAGGCUCUCAACGGCAAUGAGAAAUAUUACAAUUAUUUUGUCUGGGAAGACGGAGUUAUUGACGAAAAUGGUAACAGGCAGCCACCUAAUAACUGGAGAAGCCAUUUCCGAGGCAGUGCCUGGGAAUAUAGAGAUGAAGUUGGGAAAUAUUAUUUGCAUCAGUUUGUCGUCGGCCAGCCCGAUUUAAAUUACCGCAAUCCUGACGUUGUUGAAGAAAUGAAGAACAUUAUUCGCUUCUGGCUCGGCAAAGGAGUCGCCGGGUUCAGGGUUGAUGCUGUCAACUGUUUAUAUGAAGUUGACAAAAACCUAUUUGGAGGGAAAUACCCCGACGAACCUUUUUCUGGACGGGUUGAUGUAGAUCCAGAAUCUCAUGACUAUUUAAGCCAUAUCUACACUAAAGACCAAGAAGAAACCUAUGGUAUGGUUUAUCAAUGGAGGGAUGUAUUUGAUGAAUUCAAAGAGAAAGAUGGCCUGAGCAGAGUAAUGAUGACUGAAGUAUACGCGUCUAUCCAAGACGUAGUAAAAUAUUUCGGGGACGGAGAUAAGCUGGGAGCACAAAUGCCCUUUAACUUUGACCUAAUUACUGACGUCGACGCUUCGUCAUCUGCCGCUGACAUUAAAUACGCCGUCGACAAAUUUUUAACUUAUAAACCCGUCGAUCAAGGUGCCAACUGGGUGGUUGGUAACCAUGACAACAGCCGGAUGGCAACUAGAUACGGCCCGAGUUUGGUCGACGGAAUCAAUAUGAUUGUAUUGUUGCUUCCUGGGGUGGGAGUAACUUAUAUGGGUGAGGAGCUCGGAAUGGUUGACGGUUACGUCAGUUGGGAAGAUACAGUUGAUCCUUCCGGAUGUAACACUAACGAUCCCAUCAAUUAUGUAAAAUCCUCCCGCGACCCCGAAAGAACUCCAUUCCAAUGGAACGCAGAUAAAAAUGCUGGAUUCUCCACGGCUGACAGGACUUGGUUGCCAGUGGCUGACGGCUACGAAGAUUUAAACGUUGAAGUACAAAGAGCAGCCGAUAAGUCACACAUGAAGGUGUACCAGGCCCUGGCAGAUCUCCGCCGGGAUAAAGUAUUCAGAUACGGGCGUUACGAUUCUUUGGCUAUAAAUCAAGAUAUUUUUGUUUUUAGAAGAUGGUACAAUGGGGAGACGUACUUGGUGAUAGUCAACAUGCGUGACAAUGAGCAUGUUAUUGAUCUAACGUACUUCGAAAACGUGUCUGGCGAUGCCAAUGUUGUACUGAAAAGUAUUCAGUCUCCCAAGAAUGAAGGUGAUUCGGUUAGCGUUGCAGCCGUACCAGUGGUAGGUUUUGAAGGACUUGUACUGAAACUGAAGUAAAUUAUCAUAGCCUGUUAAUUUAGUUGUAAAAUAAUUUUACGAUUGUUAAUAAAUUUUGCACUAAAA